CUCGUGGGACCAGCAGGAAACAGCAGCCCUGGUGUGUUGACAUCAGGCCUGAAGCACAACAACUGAAACAGAGCUUCGCCUCUUUGACAGGAAGCAACAUGUUAAGCUUUACAGGUUUUUCCUCUUCAGGAUUCAGGGUUCAGGAUUUGAAUGAAGAGCAUUUAAUCUUUCUUGCAGCGAAGCCCCCCCGCGGUGUGUGGGUGAGGACCAGCGAGGUCUGUGUCCUCACCCGGUGUCACCGCCACACCCUUUAGCGUGGGAUUCCCUUCUGCUACGCAUGAGCGACGCCACGGAUCUCCUCUGUCGAACUGCAACAGGACACCGCACGACGCUCCCUGAGACGCUCCGUCUCUCUGUGCGUCUGGGGCGUUUCCUAGACACGGCGAGUGUUUGUGGGCGGUGGGAAGCCGGCAGCGGCCAACGUCUCUCCCGCUGAAACUUACACCUGCGAUCAGGCUCCGAGCCGCCGGCCUCCUCGUCGGCUUGGAGGAAGGGCGUCGGCCCGCCGGAGGCAUGCGGCGACGUAAUCACCGUCUCUGCGUUUCUGCCCUCGUUCCAGAGGACGCAACAUGGUCUUGAUCAGAGUUCUCGCGCAACAGUUGCAGGAGGACUGCGGACAACGCGAGCAGGACGGACCAUGCGGGGCUACGAUGAAAGCGUGGCUUUCCUGGGUCAGUGGGGCCCUUUCCAGCAGGCGGUCUUCUUCCUGCUGUGCGCCACCAUCGUGCCCAAUGGGUUCGGCGCGUUCACCCUGGUGUUCCUGACCGACCUGCCGAGCCACCACUGCGCCGUCCCCGACGUCAACCUCACCGAAGACUGGCUCACCGCGGUCAUACCGAGACAGGUAGUGAACGGGGAGCAGCAGCUGAGCCCAUGCAGCAGGUUCCGGCUGGACGUGGUCAGGAACCUCUCGGCUCGGGGACUCGUUCCCGGGAGGGACGUUAACCUCAGCGACCUGCAGCAGGAGACGUGUGUGGACGGGUGGAGCUACAGCAGAGACGUCUACGACGCCACCGUCGUCUCUGAGUUCGACCUGGUGUGCAGUGACCAGUGGAAGCUGACCUUCAUCUCCACGGUUUUCUUCGUCGGAGUCUUCCUCGGCUCCUUCGUGUCAGGACAGCUGUCAGACAGAUUUGGAAGAAAACCUGUCCUCUUUGCAACCAUGGCGGUCCAGAUCAGUUUCACUUUUUUUCAAGUCUUCUCCACCUCAUGGAUUGUGUUCCUUGUCCUCCUCUUCAUCAACGGUCUGGGACAAAUAUCCAACUUUGUUGCUGCUUUAGUUCUGGGCGCGGAGAUCUUGACUGGAAAUGUGCGCGUCCUUUACUCGUCCAUGGGCACGUGUCUGAGCUUCGCUUUCGGCUACAUGCUGCUGCCGCUCUGCGCCUACUUCUUACGGGACUGGAAGUCUCUGCUGUUGGCUCUGUCGCUGCCGGGCCUGGCCUUCCUCCCCCUCUGGUGGCUCAUCCCAGAGUCUCCUCGCUGGUUGCUCUCCAGGGGAAGAGUGGAGGAGGCCGAGAGCAUCGUGAGGAAGGCCGCCAAGUGGAACAAAGUGCAGCCUCCAGCCGUCAUCUUCCCGGACUACGCCGUGAAUAUCAAGGCGGACCCUAAGGACCGCCACAGUGCCCUGGACCUGCUGAGGACCAGCAGCAUCCGGGUCACCACCCUCGUCCUCUGCCUGGUGUCGUUCGCCGCGUGCACCGGAUACUACGGCCUCUCCCUCAACACGUCCCGGCUGCACGCCGACCCCUACGUGAGCUGCUUCAUCUCGGCGGCCGUGGAGGUGCCGGCGUACGUCUCCGGCUGGCUGGCUCUGCGGUUCCUCCGGCGCCGGCGCUCCAUCUGCUUCACGCUGCUGCUCGAGGCGUCGGCCCUGUUUCUCAUCCAGCUGGUGCCUCAGAAUCUGCCCCAUCUGUCCAUCGGCCUGGAGAUGUUGGCUAAAUACGCCGUGACGGUCACUUUCUCCAUGAUGUUCGCCUACAUGGCAGAGCUGUACCCGACGCUGCUCAGGAACACGGCCGUGGGGAUAUGCUCCACCGUGGGCCGACUGGGGAACUGCAUCGCGCCCUUCCUGGUCACUCUGAACAUCUACCUGAGACAUCUCCCUUACAUUGUAAUGGGGACUCUGGCUUUCGGGGCGGCCACAUCGGUGCUCUUCCUUCCUGAGAGUUUUGGAAAACCUCUACCCGAAACAAUCCAUCAGAUGCAAAAGAGAGAACGGAUACGGUGCCCCUGCAUCCCGGGGGGAGAAGCCAGAGUACCUGUGGAGCUGCAGGACGGCCCGCUGUGACAUCAGCACUUUACUGACGUGGAUCAUCAUCAGCCGGUUUACAUUUCUGUCUACAUCAAGUUUUUAUAAACAAGGUUUUUUAUGUUGAGUGAAAUACUUUUACUUAUUAAAUGCAUUUGAAAACA